UGAAGAUCUUGGCUUGCACGACGCACCUUUCAUCUCGCACUUAGUGGAAAGAACGAAGUAUUCCUAAGUCAGAGUUUAGAUAGAGCAUUAAAUAAAAUAUUCAAAUGAGCGCUACGAUAUACCAUCCGGACCACCGAAACAGCCAAAACAAUGGCAGACCUUGCGUCUGCCAGACGACAUUGACUCUCCGAAUGUAAAUUUGAGUUACUGAACAAUAAACAUAGUGAGUUUAGAAGUCGAUAUAUGAAUAAAGGCUGGCGUGUGUGACCCUGCUGCGCCUACGGGACCAGCCGCCGUGGGUGGACGGCAUAGUUCCAAACCGCCUAGUACGACAGUGGGUGUUUGAAUGGAGCCAGUUAAUAAUAAUGGUUCUUGAUACAUUUCGUGGAUCUCGUUAAAAUGACGAUAGACAGAGCUGGUCGACCUCCUGCUCCCCGGAGAGCCUCUUCCACGUAUAGAAGCUAUGAUGAACUUGGAAUAAUAGAAAGAACUAGACCUCUGAGAUAUCGACACGGAGGUAUCGAAGAUCUUACGGGCAUAGAAUCACCCAGGACGUACAGGAAUUACGAGCAACAAGAUUUAGAUGAUAUAACCGUAAUUAGUUCGGAAGAAAUGCCUAAACCUAAGAGAAAAACAAUGGAAGGUUUCGCUAACGGGUUUAGAAGAACUUUCUCAGUAAGGAGUAGGAGAGAUGAGCCAGAAGGAAUUCCAUUAGAUACCUUUAAUGCGAAUUGUGAAGAGAACUUUGCUUCGGUUAGAGGUGCUCCUUUCGGCAGACGUAGAUCCUUGUCUCGGGAGCGCGGGUCGUCUUUUUUGGCAAGAAGUUCUUCAGAAGGUGAUGUAAGAGUGCCUCUUCCCCGCGCCCCUCCCGCGGCUCCCACUCCUCGUCUCCAUCGCUGUCUUCGUGCUCUUGGAGGAAGUUGGAAAAAUCUUCUAUUACUGGGCGGCAUGUCGCGCGGGGGGAGCGGCGCCGGCAAGACAGCGACGGCGAAGCGCGUGCCCCCUCCCGCGGUGCCCGGCGACGCCUUCGGGACCCCCCAGCACCGCCACUCGGGCUCCAGCUUCGGCUCCCAGGGCUACGCUUCUUGUGAAGAGCAGCCGUAUCCUCAACCGCCUGAUACGCCUUCGCAUACUCGAGAUGACCAUUCAGACUAUGGCAGUACGGUGUCAGGUGUGUCGGGAGUCAGCGGCGCCAGUGGCAGCCUGGGCAAGAGUCCUGCUGGGGGAGGCACCUUCACAUUCCCCCCACCGUCGCAGCCACUCACACAUAAAGCGGCGGUGUACUACCAUCACCAGUUAGCGCUCAGUGAUGACCAGGGCAUCGAUAUGACGCAGAGCCCCGGCCGCGACAGUCCCGGUUCCUCAUCAGGUUCCGCAGGGUCCGGAUCCCGUCACUCCUCAGCGUCACUGGACAGCGGCAGAGCAUCGGGUCGUAUUCCUCAUCACCACCACGCGGCGUGCCAUUGCGGAGACACGGCCGACAGGGUUCGAGCUAUGAUCGCACAGGGAUUGCCUGACGCAGACAUUAUCCACGCGUGGCUUGCUGAUCUCCAAAUGGAGGAGUACGCGCGCCUGUUCAUCGAAGCUGGAUACGAUCUGCCUACAUUAACGAGAAUGACUCCUGAGGACCUGACAGCGGUGGGAAUAAAAAAGCCCAACCACCGCAAGAGGUUAAAGGCAGAACUCGCCAACUUGAACGUGCCGGAUAACCUGCCUGACUAUAUACCGGGUUCCUUAGAAGAGUGGCUACGGCUGCUCCGCCUGGAGGAGUACGGGCCGGCGCUGGUCGCGCAGGGGUACCGCACCGUUGUUGACGUCACGCAACUCGCAUGGGAGGACUUGGAAGACAUGGGCAUAGUUCGUCUAGGUCAUCAAAAGAAAAUAUUACUUGCCAUCAAAAGAGUUAAAGACAUAAGAGCGGGGAAACGAAGCAUCAGUAACCAAGGUUCUUUGGACUUUACAAGACUACAACCUGGCCAGGAAUUAUAUCCGAGGGAGCUCCAUUACCAGCCCUGGACACAUGCGAGGAGUUACCAUAAACCCCCCGACCUAACUUUUGACGCCCUACAAACGCCCCAUUGUGGCACAGAUCUGGUUCCCAUACAGAUUCGUCACCCGCGCGGUAAGUCGCUAGAGAGUCUAGAAGACCCGUCAGAGCGGACGUCUCACACGACAUUCUCGCCCGAAGCCGGCUUCUACUACGGCGGUGGACAGUGGCGGCGAUCCUACGACGACGGGGACAUUACACCUACGAACGACAACGCGUACGAAGGAGGCGGUACACUGCCGCGUCCGAGAGGGCUGGUGCGGCCGCGGCCCGUCGCGAAGAUUCAAGCUACGCCCGCGUACAGAGACAAGUCGCCGGACUACACGUACGACGAGAUCGCUUACUCGGCCCGGCUGCAGCGCGUGGCGUACGGCGCGAGUCCCCACGUGGCCCGCAAGCCGCCGCCGGAGCCGCCCAAGCGGCAGAGCUCGCAGUACGCGCAGUUCUCCAGGUUCGGGCAGACCACGGUGGAGAUCCACCCGGAGAAGAGCUUGCCGCUGAGCCUGCCCGCGUACCCGAGCUCGGACUCGCUGAGCGUGUCGCUGGACAGCACGGGGCUGCUGCCGCCGCCGCCCGCGCCUUCUUCUCCCCCGAGGCGGUACGAGGAGGACAAGCUGAGGACCGGAUCCGACGCUAGUUUUAAGUCAAGUUCAAGCACGGAAUCCGACAGCAUCCCAUUCGCGAAUGAGAACGCCGGUACGAUAAAGCAGAAUCGCAGUCAGCUGGGAGGCCGGCCGCACACCGUGGACUACAGCAGCCGCGGCGGGCUGCCGCUCGCCGGCCUGCCGCCGCGGACGGCCGCCGACAUGAAGCCGGCCUCCUCCCACGCCCUCCCCGAACACAAAGAAGAAGCAAAGAGCACGGAACCAGUCGACGUGCUCAACGACAUCGGCAACAUGCUGGCCAACCUAACGGACGAACUAGACGCCAUGUUGGAAGAAGAAAAACGUCAAGGACUCGCCGAUUCCUAACUUAGUGAGGCUAGAUUUGCAAUCUAUUCAACAUUUAUACUCGAAUACUUUGUGUACUAAAAUUCCAAAGAUAGCCUCAUUGGCAUUGCUAUAUGCGCAUCUAUUUAUGGGUGUUUGUGUUUUUUGGGGAACAUUGCAAUACAUGAAAGCAAUCGUUUGAACUUGCAUUUAAAAUGCUAUGCUUAGCACACUUAUCUGUUUUUGACACGUGCAUUACGUCCUGCAGAUGCAAAUUUAUAAUGUACAAUAGUUUACUGUAAUCAAUUAGCAUUUGUACCGACGUAGUACAUUUUUAUACUAUCCAUAGAUAAAGAAUUUAUACUGAAACUAAUUAUAAGUGAAACUGUGUGUUUUUGUUGUCUUUAUUUUAAUAUUUAGUUCCUUGUUAAAUUAAAUAAUUAAUCGGGAUAGAAAACGAUAAGACAUAGUCGGAUCCAAAACAUAUAAAUGCGGGCUAUUUUUGUAAAUAUUGUUUUACUCUAAUGAGAUAUAUCCCGAUUGUUAGAUUUUCGUGUACAGUAAAUUGUAGAGUACUCGAGUAUGAUGUAGUAUGACGUAGUUAGAAUUUAUACAAAAUAUUAGCUCUAGUGAUAGUGUGACAUAGGGGUUAUUAUAAUAAAUGUAUCAUAGAACUGCAUAUGGUUAGAGAUAGGACCUCAUAGACAUUUGUAUGGUAACAAUUCUAUAUUACAUAAGAAAAUGCCCAUGCAUACAAUCGUGCUUUUUCAUAUAUUUGUAUAAUGUCAUCGUCAUAGUAGCAGAGCUUUGGCAACAACAUUUCCACUGCAUACAUUUUUUAUUAUGGGCUGAAGCAAAUCCGCUCGAGUCGCGAAAAAGUUGCAUUAUGAUUUGACUUUUUAACUGCUCCAACAAUGAACUAAAUAUCUCAAACUAUUUCGUCUAUAUUUACACUCAAAUACAAAAUGUUUUGAUUUUUUUUUAAAUACCUUAUGUUUUUAAUAUAGACACGUGAUAUUUAGUGGCCAUAAAUACUUUCCUAAUGACAUAACAUACCUAUUAAGUCAUUUAAAUAACUUUGUGUACUCCAUCGCUUUUUUGUUCUGUUUUUAAGUUCAAACAUUUAUGGUUCCAUUGGUCUGUGGCUGUUCUAAAAUAAUUAUUAAUGGUCGAAUUAUUGUUAUGCUGGAACCUACAAAUCUUAAAAUAACUGAGAAUUUUAUUCCUAUUCUUAGUAGUAGUCUAAAAGUGAACUGUAAUGUUAUUCUUCAUAAUGGUUUCACCAAAAUAUUUUAUUUAUUGGUAUUGCGUACAUGUCGAAAUUAUUCAUGGUUGUAUACAUUAAAUUGUUAUUUGUCGUCGUAUUUAAAUUUCAUUAGUUGCAGUAAAAAUAACUAACAAAAUGUAAAAUAAACCAGUCGAAACUAAAAUACGAGUGACUAAUAAGCUUUAUCCUGUAAAUAAUUAGACAGUGUUUCUAUACAUUCUUUGUAACAGCGUAUUUAGAUAUUUUGUAUAGGUACUUACCUCCCUUAUUAUAUUUCGUACGAUUACGUCUAAAAUGUAUUGUUUUCAUCUAUACUGCCAUCAAGACAAUGUAAUGUUCUUAGUUGAAAAUUUAUUUUAAAUGCAAUGCCGAACAUUUAAUUUUUAAAUGCAAUGCCGUCACUCCCUUUUGUAAUUUUAGGAAGGUGCUAGCAUUACAUUAAUUAAGUAGGUUUCAAUAAAUAUGGGAUACGUUUGUUUUGUUCACCGAACUAGUCAAAAUUUUCUAGAGUGACGGCGGGAAGUUAUAUUUAACGAUUGUAGCCAACUGGCAGCUUAACACCUUACUUAUUUUAUAGUUGAGUUCUUAUCUGAAUAAAUAUAUUUGUAAUAUCUAA